GAAGAAAAUCCUCGAUAGCUCGCCGACAACGAUAUAGCGGGGUUUUUUUUUUUACUGGACUUCGGAUAUUCCACAACAUGGAAGUGAUGUUUUCACUUUACAUAAUAUAGGGUUUUCCAGCUUAGGUAGUCGGCCUCAAGCCAGGCUCACCAGCGCUUAAGCUCACUCACUCACUCCCUCAUCAAGCGGGUACAACCUACCCUGCACAUUCCUUCGACCCAAGAGGCUCACCUGGUACAUAACAACUUAGGUAGAGGUACCUACCUAGGUAUCCUAAUUCUAGAUUGGCCAUCUACGGAAACACACAGUUUUCUUCUCUUUCUACCCCGGCAGCCUGCGUAUUCACGCUCCCGGGGAUUCUCCCGGGCUCAGGCGGCUCGACACUUUCCAUGGUCUUCUCCUGCCCAGAAUUUCAAGAUGGAGGAAAGGGAUGACGAUCCGUUCAACUUUGAUACGGAACGCUUGGUGAAAGAGCUUUGUACAGACAACCGCUCUUGGAAGCCGUCCCAGCCAGAAAAAUGUCCCAAUCGAGUAUUACUAGAGGCCAAGAUUCGUGAAUCAGAGGCAGAUGGGGAGUUUCUUAUCUGGGAAUCAGAGGAGUCCGGGUCUUUCAAAGACGUCUAUGAUCAGUUUGAGAUCAAAAAGGUCCCUCACAAACGGUUUAUAAGACAAGCGGCUGAGCAUUUUCGAAAGAGAAGCCGGAAGUACAAGCAGAAGCUCGCGGAGCUGCGGGGCAAGGACCCAGCAGAGGACGAUUUGCCUGCAGAGCUGCCGGCAUUUGCUCAAGCCACUGCCGCAACCGUUGCUCCCGAACCGGCUCAGAAGAAAAGACGAAUAGCCCCGACACAGCUAUCAGAAACGCCAGUACACGCAGAACCAGUCCGCAUCCUCACCGAAGCCGAUGUUAUUAAACACGCGGACGCUUCCAGCAUUAAUCGCAAGGUCGCAACAGUCAAACUUUCGAAGUGUCGGAACGCACCACGAUAUCAAUACUAUUCCGCAGCCCCUAUAACAUCAUCCCACUUUGAACCCGACCUAGAUGAUGACGACAGGGAAUUUCAGUUUGCAUCAGGCACUUAUGACAAUCUUCCUGGUCACAGUUUGGCCAUCAGUCGAGGCAUUCAGCGGUACUUUGGAGUUCGUUUGAAGACAGAAACCACGCUACCGCAAGAUGAAGAACACCCACUCUUCGGUGAAUCUGGCUCGGAGGCCGGGUACGACAGCGACACUAUGCAGGAGAUAGAGGCGGAGAAAACCGAGCGCGCCCACGCAUCUCAGCAAUCCCAGACCGAGAGAAGAGAGGAUGUGGCUGAAGCACUACGAGCCGUUCUUUCGGACCUGGAGGUACAGUGGCGUACAGAAAAGCUGCCGAAACUGAAUGCGAAAGCCAACAAAAUCUGGAACGAGGCGCGGAGCCGAAGAAGCAGUCGAAUCAACAUGAUUGAAAAGGCCAAAAUCACGUCACACCAUUUGCAGGCACGCCUGGCAAAAAUGUGCACUCAAAUCGAGGAAGACCCCAACUUCCGGUCAAAGGAUGUGGUGACAGUUCGCCAAGCUUUUGAGAACACUGUCUAUGAGAAGCUUGAGACAGAGUGGCGUGCGGAUCUACUCUCCAGGACGUCUGAACCAGAACGUGUCGUUACGAGACGUGUCCGUCGGGAAAAGGCUCCCCGCGUUGUGCUCGAGGACGGCGUGGAAGGCGAUGUACUGACCAGCGAUAGCGACUCGGACGGAUUCAUCGUGGAAGAUGCUAUGGAAAAUGCUCCACAGGGAAAAGAGGAAAAAGAAGAGGAAACAUCAGCAGCUGGGGAACACGAGGCUGACUCUGCGCCAUCUCCGAUUGAUCUUACACUCGACACCCCUAAGAAACCCCGCGACGAUUCUUCGGCAAGUGACAUUUCGGAUGAGGAGCCCUCACCAUCUAAGAAGCGGAGAGUCAAGCGUGACAAAGCUGCCCAGGAUAUGCGAGAUCUUGACAGGCGUAGAAUGGAGGAGCAAGAAGAAAGGUCCCGAGAAUUGCGUGCCCAGCUUGCCAAAUCGGAUAUGUCUGGCCUUCAGUCUCGUCUGAUUAUCAACGAAGCUAAGAAGGCUUCUCAGGGCUUCAUCUACGUCCCUGAACCUAUCGCCCAAAAUAUCAAAGACCAUCAAAUCGAGGGCGUCCGCUUUAUGUGGAACCAGGUUGUGAAUGAUGAUCGUUCACAGGGCUGUUUACUGGCUCACACGAUGGGCUUAGGAAAGACUGUUCAGGUCAUUUGCCUUCUGGUGGCUAUCCAGCAUGCCGCACAAUCCCCCGAUCCCUCUGUUGUUUCUCAGAUUCCAAAGGAACUCCAGAGGUCACAAACUUUGGUUCUUUGCCCGCCUGGCCUCCUGAACAACUGGCUGGAUGAAUUCAGUCGCUGGGUAGAGCCCUACGACGCACUUGGCAGGAUCUACAAGAUCGAUUCAGAAAUCCCCGCCGAAGCAAGGGCUGCUUCGAUAGAGCCUUGGGUCAACACAGGGGGUAUUUUGUUGAUGGGAUAUAGCCUUUUUAGGAGUCUUGUCAGCUCUGGAGACAGCAAGAUGCAGACUUGGCUAACAGAACUACCAAGCAUUGUAGUUGCCGACGAGGCUCAUACUAUCAAAAACGAAAGGUCUAAAAUAUCGGAGGCAAUGGCGAAUUUCAAAGCAAAGGCUAAAAUCGCCAUGACCGGUUCCCCAUUGGCCAAUUCGGUAGGAGACUACUUCUCCAUGAUCAACUGGGUUGCACCCAACUAUCUGGGCCCACGCAAGGAGUUUACACACUUUUUCGCCUCGCCGAUCCAGGAGGGUUUGUUUGUGGACAGCAGUCCUGCGGAGAAGAGGCGAGCGAUGAAACUUCUCAAGGCUUUGAAGGACACCGUUUCGCCCAAAGUGCACCGGAUGACCACGACUGCUCUCAGAGGCCAACUGCCCGAAAAGAGAGAGUACGUGAUUGUGGUUCCUCUUACCGAAUACCAAAAGAGCGCAUACGAAGUCUACAUGCGCUGGGUAGCUACUCGAGCUGAUGCGACCACUGUCAGCUUGCUUGGCUAUAUCUGCCAGCUGAGUACGCUUCUGGUCCACCCUCGAAUCUUCCUCCAAUACUUUGUCGAACUCGCGAAUGAGUACGACAAAGACGUUAGGAAAAGCGACAGUGGAAGAGAGAUUCCCAGGCAUGUCAUUGGCAACCUUAUUGCGGAAGUCAACCGCAGAGAUAUCCACAACCUUGAUCAUUCGUACAAGAUUACCGUUUUGACUAGGAUCUUGGACGAGGCAAAACGGGUCGGAGAUAAGGUAUUAAUAUUCAGCAGUCGGAUCCCAGUACUCAACUUUCUCGAAAACCUCAUGAAGAUGCAGAAGAGGCCGUACUCGAGACUGGAUGGUGAAACGAAAAUUUCUACCCGGCAAGCUUCGGUCGCAAAUUUCAAUGCCAACAAUGACGAGGUCUACCUCAUAUCGACAAACGCCGGUGGUGUUGGACUUAAUAUCCAGGGCGCAAAUCGCGUAGUGAUGAUGGACUUUCAGUGGCAACCCGCGAACGAACAACAGGCCAUCGGACGAGCCUACCGUAUCGGUCAAACGAAACCAGUCUACGUCUACUGGCUCAUCGUUGGGGGCACCUACGAGCCAAAACUUCACGCGGCCGCUAUCUUCAAAACCCAGCUUGCAUCGCGCGUCGUUGACAAGAAGAACCCCAACCCGCAUGCUCCAAAGGUCAAAACUUGGAUGCAACCGCCGGAGAUUGUCAAGCGCGAGGAAGCGACUCUAGUUAAGGUCAGAGGGUCUGAUCCUGAAGUGCUUGAUCACAUCUUGGACUCUCCGACGAGUGGCCAAAUCUGCAAGAUUAUGAUAGGAGACAUAUUCGAGCAGGAGGAGCCAGAUCACCAGUUGUCACCCGAAGAACUGAAAGAGGCCGUGGAUCUCGUCAAGAUGAACCGGCUUCGCAUUACUAACCCAGAGGAGUAUAACCGUCUUAUGCAGCCUGCUCUCGUGCCAGCGCAUCCCUUUCCCGGCCCACUCAAUAUCGCAGCCGUGCACCCGCAUGGGCACGCGCCAAUGGCCUUGAAUUCUCAGCAGGUCACUGGGUUGCGAGAGCAAGGUGGUGGCGAUGUUGGCAUGAAACCCAGAACACCUUCAAAGAUGCAUUUACCGAGGACAAGCACCUCGACGACUUCAUAUUUGCCACACGAGGCCGGGCCUGGGUAUCCGUUACCGUUGCCGAAAGCAAAUACAGAGGUUAUGGGCCAAGGUCCAACAACCACCGAAGCAGGUAGUGAACAGGUUCCGCCAAUACCUGGUGCCGGCACCUUUACUAAACCUCAGCCCCAGGAGCGAGGCCCCAUUAAGACAGGGGCUUUGGGAACCGAUUGGGGUGAUAGAUUUCUACAAGAAGCACUAAAAACAAUGUGGGGUACCAGCCUUAUGACGAGGGACCUGUACAAGCUUGCAAUACAAGUACAAAGGGCCAUUGAAGCUAAAAACCUCUCUGGUCUUCCUGGCCUUAACUCUUUACGGCUCCUGCUGCUGGCUUUCCAGGAUGAGACAAUUUUGGAGUGUGUUUUGUCAGGUCAAUUACAAAUAGACCGACUGGUAACCGCGAAGAAAGCCGAGUUCGAUGCUCAGCUCGCAAAGGCAAAAGGAGAGGCACCAUCGCAAGAUGGACCGGGAAGUAAUACUUUGCCAGUGCCACAACCGACUGCAUCGAUAACUUCAGGUUUGGGUUUGAUUCCCACGCAAGCUCGUGUGCUCAAUGCGACGGCCUCACCGAGUCCGGUAUUACCACCCACGACUGAAAAGUCAAGCUCUGGGUCGCACAGCACAGAUUCGAUACGAGGGUCAAUCUCUGGGCCCAAAUCACCAGGCUCCACGGCCCAGAAUCCACUCACGAAUCCUGUUCGACCCAGUCAGUCGAACCCCGGAAGCAGCACGAAGCAAUCGAGACCGAAUAGGACGGGCCUCAACCCACAUGCUCAGACGCCCUCCCAGGCUACGCAAGAAAUUUUGGAUCGGAAGGCAAAAAAGAAGAAGAAGAAGAAACUGAAGCUCAAGACGGAGACAGAAAGAGAGCCUCGUUUGCCUGAAUGGGCCAACAAGGUAUCCGGUGGGAUGGCCUCAGAGUCCACGAAUCGGGACACACGGAGUAGUUUGUCACGGCUUGGGGACAGCAAAGACACUCCAAUGGUUUUGGACGAUGACUAGAGGUCACUGGAUUGACCCAUGGCUUGUGUCCAGGGGUUUACUUGUGGUAAUUGCUGGACAGGCGGAAGCGGUGCAUGGAAAGCAAACGGAUGAUACUGUGAUACCCCCUAUCAUUGAAUGUCGUCUCUUGGUUGAGCGCAGAGUUGUCGUACGUAUUGAUAUUGUCAAGUACGGCAUACUUGCACAUUUAUUAUUACCUGAUUAUUAUUACCACGCUAUCUAGUUCUUGGAGUGUGUCUUGCGAGCACAAUAGCCAAUCAUUCCGUCGAAGGCCGGAUAGCCAAUACCCAUGAAUUGCGGUUAUUGCGCAAGUCCAUACAAUAAGGCAGCCGUUGCCACUCCUCAAAGGAACCCACGUGGGUGCCA